UCUCUGAGAUCGUAUGUACUUCAUUCAUAUAUAUAUAUAUAUAUGAUAGAUCUUCUUCUCUGAGCCUGCUUUUCAGUACCUGUUUCAGUUUCAACCAGCCAUCUGUUUGAGUGAGCCACACCCAAAGAAAAGCGAAAAACAAGAACCUCCAUCUGUUUCCAAAUUAUGGUGAAAUCAAACAAGUUUAGAGGUGUCAGGCAGCGACACUGGGGCUCCUGGGUAUCUGAAAUUCGCCAUCCUAUACUAAAGAGAAGGGUGUGGCUAGGUACGUUUGAAACAGCUGAAGAGGCAGCCCGAGCUUAUGACCAAGCAGCCAUCUUAAUGAGUGGCAGGAAUGCAAAAACGAACUUCCCAAUAUCACAAACACCAAGUGGAGACCCAAAAGGCACCGAAAAUUCCCAUCCAUUACCACCAAAAGAGCUAUCUGAACUCCUCCAUGCCAAGCUUAGAAAAUGUGGCAAGGCACCUUCUCCUUCCAUGACUUGUCUGAGGCUUGACACUGAGAAUUCUCAUAUAGGAGUGUGGCAAAAAGGGGCAGGCCAGAGCUCAGAUUCCAAUUGGGUCAUGACUGUGCAUCUUGGAAAAGGAAAUGCUGAAGUUUCUGCCGAUGCAUUGCCUUCCAAGAUCCCAGGGUUCGUGGGGCCUGAACUGAGAUCAGAGAUGGAUGAUGAGGAGAGAAUUGCACUGCAAAUGAUAGAGGAGCUGCUUCACAUGAACUGUUCUUAAUUUGGUGUGCAAGAAGGGGACGCUAGUUGUUGCUGUAGUCUUUUCUGUCAUAUAUAUCAUAAUAAUAGUUACAGCUAUAGAAGAUGUAGCUAGUUUACGAGCAAAUGUUGUUUGUGACAAAAAGAAAUAAUUGAAUCAUUUGAUUCCAAUUGCUCAUAUGAAUUGUUUCUUGUAGUUAUGUACUAUAUACCAGUUAUUUAUAUUUUGGUGUUACAAUUUCUCUAAGGAAGACUAUAUA